GAUGGCAUCUCCCCUGUCAGUUGCUUCAUAAGUGGAAUUUCGUUUUGUUGCUGUGCCACACCGUCCUCAUGAUGGGCUUAUUCAAGCGCAGGGAUGCGAAGCGUUCGGCCCCUGACGAGGAUGAGCAAGAUUCGUUUGCCUCGAUAAGCAGCGCGAGGACGUCGAACGCAUCGCUGAAGGCUCCAUUGUCGUUGAAGUCCAGCGGCAGUCCUCCGAUUCCCGAGAUCCCUAUCGCCCCUCCCCCGGACCCCAAUAUCGAUCCCGCUGCCUACCUCAGGAGUAUCCAUUCUGUUCGCCAAAGAUCCAAGUUUGUCAUGCUCAAGGCCAAGACGAACCAAUUGAACCAUUUCGACGUGGAUCUUGACAAGUUCGAAGCUACAGCACAUUAUGUCGUGUCUAUCAUCAAAAGAGACUACGCACCCGACUAUCAAUCCAUUCCUCCCCAUGGCCGCUGGCAGCACUUCGACGCCGGAGGCAGGCCCCGGAUAAACCAGCUACUCCAAUCAUGGCCCAGCACCAUCGACGCGCUCGAACGGACAAGGCGGCUGAUCGACCUUUUCCUGAUCUCAGUCUUGCUUGAUGCCGGCGCGGGGAACAACUGGUCGUAUAAAUCCAAAGAAUCGGGAAAAAUAUAUAGGCGAAGCGAAGGCUUAGCUGUUGCGAGCCUGGAGAUGUUUAAGGCGGGAAUGUUUAGCAGCGACCCCACCGAACCUUGCCAGGUCGACGGUGCGGGUCUUAAGAGGGUGACUGUUCAGGCUCUGGCGAAGGGAAUGCAGCAUUCCGAUGAGAAUCCACUUGCUGGUAUUGAAGGGCGAGCGGGACUGCUCACAAGACUCUCGGAAGCACUAAACAACCAGGAAUUCUUCGGGGUUGAUGCGAGACCCGGAAAUAUGCUAGACUAUCUACUUUCACAUCCUUCAACGCUGGUGGCAUCUGUUCCCAUUAUCCUUGUACCGACACUCUGGAAUGUUUUAAUGGAAGGUCUUUCGCCGAUCUGGCCACCUUCACGCACCCAAAUAGAUGGCGUGUCAAUCGGAGAUGCCUGGCCUUGCAAGGCUAUGCCCCCCUCGCCGCCGACAAAGCCAUGGGAAACGAUAGUCCCAUUUCAUAAGCUAACACAAUGGCUGUGCUACUCCAUCAUGGUCCCAAUGUCAAAGAUCCUGCAUAUUCGAUUCUCCGGCGCUGAACUUCUGACUGGACUUCCCGAGUACCGAAACGGGGGUCUUCUCAUUGAUAUGGGACUCCUUACACUGAAAGACGAGGACAUGGAACGUGGUCUGAAUGCCUAUAAGGCCAACGCCUUGAUAAAGGGGCAACCCAAUAUGGAGGUUGUUCCUCUAUUUACAGUGGACGACGACGUGAUUGUAGAGUGGCGCGCACUCACGGUUGGGUUUCUAGACGAAUUGUUAGAUGAAGUCAACAGGCUGUUAGAAUUGCCCGAAGGCCAACGCCUAACCCUGCCACAGAUGCUUGAGGCGGGAACCUGGAAGGGUGGUCGUGAGAUAGCAGAAGUCUCGAGACCAAACACCAAGCAGCCUCCGAUUAUGAUCGUUUCGGACGGGACAGUGUUCUGAAUUUUUACCUUGAUCUUCUUUUUACCCAAUCCCGUUUCAUUCCCUUUCCGCCUGCGAAGCUUUUUCUUUUUCUUUCCUUUUUUUUUUUCGUUUUCUCUGCGCUGACACUGUUUACGACCCCAUGCUUCGACCGAUGAUCAUCACAAUCGACGGUUACGCGUAAAUCUUUGCUCGGUUCGCCGCUCGGGCUUUUGAUUCAAGUCCCCAUUUUGUUUCCCUUUUUACCACCAGCUAUGCAUUUUUGUGCCC